CACUCAUGGAGCAAUCUAUCAUUAAGGAUUCGUUAUCCAAUAAUGGGCAUAUCAAUGAUUUGACGAAGGACGCAACAAACUUUCAUGGGAAUCUAGCACUUUCGUAUAUCGUAAAAAUGUCUCCAGUUAACAUAGAAUUCACUGAUCUUACAUAUACAGUCCCUACUGGCAGAAAAGGUUCCAAGUUAAUUUUGAGAGGUGUAAAUGGUCAAUUUAAAUCUGGUGAAUUGACAGCUAUUCUUGGACCAUCCGGAGCUGGAAAAUCUACCCUACUUAAUAUUUUAGCCGGAUACAAAUGCGAAGGAGCUUCAGGACUUAUUAAUAUAAAUGGUCAACCACGAGACUUGAAAGAAUUCAAGCGCUCAUCCUGUUACAUUAUGCAGGAGGAUCUUGUGCAACCUAAACUUACUGUACUCGAAGCGAUGUGCUUUGCAGCCGAUCUGAAACUCGGAAGUAAAAUUAAUGCAGCAAACCGAUUCGCUAUUGUAUGCGAAAUUUUAGAUAUGCUUCGAUUAAAUAGUACGAGGACCACUAUGACAGAAAGAUUAUCUGGCGGUGAGAGGAAAAGAUUGUCCAUAGCAUUAGAACUUGUAAACAAUCCACCAGUUAUAUUUCUAGAUGAACCAACGACUGGACUUGAUGAAAUGUCAUCAGUUCAAUGCAUAGAUCUUUUACAAAGGGUGGCAUUAAGCGGUCGUACGGUAAUUUGUUCGAUACACACACCUAGCGCCAGUAUAUUUGCCAAAUUUCAUCACAUUUAUGUAGUCACUGCUGGUCAGUGUGCGUUUCGAGGCCUAGUAAAUGAUGUCGUUCCAUUUUUGCAUCAUGUAGGAAUCGACUGCCCAAAACAUUAUAAUCCUGCAGAUUUUAUUGUAGAAGUAUCAUCAGGGGAAUAUGGACAUGAGCUUGUUGACAAAAUGAUCUCUAAAAUUGAUAUGAAAUUUCCUAUUGGACUUGUUAAUCAAAUGAGUCCUGAUGGAUACAAGUUUUCAAAAGAGAUAGCAAAGAUUUCGUGGUGGGAACAAUUCACAAUCCUACUACGAAGGAAAAUGCUUCAAUUUUAUCGCGAUAGGAACUACAUGUAUUUAAAGAUCUCGUUACACAUAUUUUUGGGUGUCAUAAUUGGAGGACUGUUUCUUGAUAUUGGCAAUGAUGGAUCCAAGACUCUUUUUAAUUUCGGUUUCUGCUUUACUUGUCUCAUCGUAUUUCUCUACAUUCCUAUGCUGCCUGUGUUGUUACAUUUUCCCCAAGAGGUUCAACUUGUUAAACGUGAGCAUUUUAAUCGUUGGUACGACCUUGGGCCAUAUUUCUGUGCCUUAACUAUAUCCAAUAUUCCUGCGCAACUUAUUUUAUGUAUCCUCUAUUUAUUGAUGGUUUACCCAAUCACUAGUCAACCAAUGGAAUUCUACAGAUUUGCCAUGUUUAUUAGUACGUGUAUGGUCUGUGCCUUGAUAGCGGAAAGUAUGGGACUAGCCGUUGCUAGUACUUUAAGUAUUGUGAAUGGAAUGUUCGUGGGGCCGGCCAUGACUGUGCCUCUUAUGCUAUUUGCAGUACAAGGCAUCGGUGACGAGGCGCCCUUGCCAAUCUACCGGCAAAUCAUCAUGUACGUUAGUUACAUACGCUAUGGGUUGGAAGGACUUAUUGUUGCAACAUACGGAUAUAACCGUGGUAAAUUGCCUUGUCCUGAAGGAGAGAUGUUCUACUGCCAUUAUGCUGUCCCGCGUCAGCUUCUUCGUAGCAUGGGUAUGGAGAAAAUCGUCUUUUGGGUUGACUUCGUAGCUCUUGUCAUUAUUUUACUCGCAUUUAGGACAUUAACAUAUUACUUAUUAAGACAGCGUUUAAGACCGAAUAAAACAUUUAGAGCGCUUCACCUUAUAGGUCGACUUAUAAAGAGCCAUUUUAGAAUGGAAUAAGAUUAUAAUAUUCAUAAUUAAAUCAUGUUCAUUUGCAUAUUGAAUCUAUAUCGCAAGAAAUUAAAUUUUGUACGUGUGUAAUUUAUACUGAGUGAUACAUUGAAAAUAUUAUAACA